CACCCAUAUCAGCUGGUGGAGGUGGCGAGCUUGUGUCAUUGUGCCGUUGACAGUGACAGUGCGUUGUUUACGCCGUGGCUCGUUCGGAUACGGAAUUUCAACCUUGCAAGGUUCCGCGCAAAUUUAAUUAGAAUCGAGUCGACUUGCGGACAGUGAAUUGGUGGCGCCAGGCACGGUGAGAAAGAAUGUUAACAUUAGCAUAAAUGCAAAGUGCUGUGCGCGUUUUGUAACAGAGACCGAGGGCCGUCCUGCUUCCCAUUGCCGAGGGCGUUAAAUGAAUCACCAUGACGAACAUUCAAAGCAAACUAGUCCCCGUGACGGUGCCAUGUACACAGUACGCGCACCCAUGGACAGACAGUUGCUGGAAUUCCACUGCGGGGCUUCUUCUCCAAGCAUCACAGCAUAGUCUUCGCAUAUACACAGCAGUUUAUCUGCUCUCGCUUAUUACACGCGGACGAAUUCCCACGCCGCGCGAUAUCAAGCGCACAAUUCUAGGAAUUUUACAAUCCUCGGCGUUUUUAACGACCAAUGCCUUCAGCUUUAUCAUGUUCACCUGUCUCCUCCGCCAUGUGUUGGGUACAUUUCAUUUCAUAACGGUAUCAUAUGUUCCUGCCUUUUUGGCAAGCUUGUGUGCAAUAUUUGUUGAACGACCAGCUCGUCGCAUAUUACUCACCCUCUACGUAGCCAACGUGGCAACAGAGACAGCCUGGUCUAUGGCUGCCUCUCGAGGUAUCGUCAAAUCGAUCCCUCAUGGACAAGCCAUUAUUUUUGGUACAAGUGCGUCCAUUCUAUUAUAUCUUUAUCGACGUGGACUACAUCACCAAUAUCAGGAUUCACUAUUUAAUAUUUUCCGAUUUGUUGUCGGUGGUGAUGAGGAGGGACGACGCCCCACUGGGGCAGAUGAAAGUGCUGAAUCACCUGCCGAAGCGCUGGGUGUUGAAGGUAUCGAAGGUGCUGUGGGAGCUGAGGACCGGGUUGGACGACGACAACGACGUAAUCAUUACAGCGAUAUCUCGUUUCUGGUUCGAAUUUAUGUUCAAUUAUUGGAUAAGAUCAAAUCGCAAAGCAAACACAAAUCCUGUCCGCACAAUUAUAGUUGCCUCUAUUAUUCGGUUAGUGGCGGUUCCAGGCUGUUUAUGGUUGGCUUUGGUCUACAAGUUACACUAAAAAUAGUUUUGCAAUUGAAAAAGCUGCUGCAGAGGAAAUUGAGCUUGAAGAAAGUUAUUUUCAAUCGGGAAACACUUAAGUUGGGAGUGUUUCUGGGAGGAUUUUCGUUUCUGUUUAGGUCAAUUUCUUGCUCACUGAGACACAUAACCGGGUUCGAUCAUCCGUUGUACGCCAUUCCUGCAGGCCUGGCCGCCAGCUGUGCGUUCACGAAAUAUCCUGACGUGACGGUGGCUCUAUACGUAAUGUGGAAAAUGUUGCAGAUUAGCUACAACAUCGGAGUCGAUAAAGGUUACCUUCCAAAAGUACCUGGCUUCCAAACCUUGCUCUACUGCGCUAGCACCGCUCUUUUAUUCCAUGUCGGCAUAUUUGAGCCUCUGAAUUUACGACCCAGCUACUGGAAAUUCCUGCACGGCAUCUCAGGUGGACGAGUGGCUAUAAUGGAUAGGAGUGCAUUCGAUGUUUGGGGGUUAGAUUCGAGUAAGGCUGUCCUAGAAACGUUGAAGCUAACCAAGACUCAGGCUGGCAAAGUGAAAUUUGCCUUCAGCUAGGUGAGGGGGUCGUGUUCGUUUGAUGGCGAUGGUUAUGUAAUUUUAUUCGUGUGGGUAAAUGUAAAUUGGAUACGAUAUUUUUAUAUGGCUUUAAUUUUAGUGCGACGUUUUUUAAAUAGUGAUAAUUAUAUUAAUUAUGGAGAUUUGUUAUUCGUUGGAAAUAAAUGAUAAGUAGGAA